AUGUUGAAGCGCUGUGCCACACGCGUCGCGAGCCAAUUGCGGCACGCACGUAAUUUCAGCAGCCACGCGGAUAGCGACUCGAAAGCGCGCCUGGGCAUUAUCGGUGUGCCCUUCUCGAAGGGUCAGGGCAAGGGCGGUGUAGAGCGUGCGCCUGCAUUGCUGCGCGAAAAUGGGCUCGUACCGCUGCUCGAACAGGUGUCCUAUGGCAAUUUGCAAGUGCAUGACUAUGGCGAUCUGCAAUUCGAAGUCGAUCCUAUACCGACAGAAGCGCCCGAAUACCGCAACAUUAAGAACUAUGGUGAAUUUAUGGGCUGCAAUAAGGCGCUGAUCCGCAAGGUGCAAGAACUGUUGCAGGAGAACGAUCAGUUUUUGACUAUCGGCGGUGAUCAUGCAAUUGGAUUCGGCUCCGUUGCCGGCCACUUGCAGCACACGCCCAAUCUAUCGCUGGUAUGGGUGGACGCACAUGCGGACAUCAAUCUGCAUAAUACCUCCGAGUCGGGUAAUAUACAUGGCAUGCCGGUGUCGUUUCUACUCAAAGAAUUACGCGUCUUCUGGCAGCAUGCGCAGCUCGAAAAAACGGCGCCUGUUUGCUUAGCCGCCGAUCAGCUUGUCUACAUUGGCUUGAGGGACAUUGACCCGUACGAAGCAUAUAUCCUGAAUAAAUUGGGCAUACGAGCGUUUGCUAUGGAUUCUGUGGAUAAGUAUGGCAUUUCGAAAAUUAUCGAGCGUACACUAGAUUCGCUGAAACCGCAAAAUAAGAUUCAUGUUAGCUUCGAUGUUGAUGCAUUGGAUAAGUCGGUGGCGCCCAGUACCGGAACUGCAGUUUGUGCUGGACUGACGCUACGUGAGGGCAUUUCGGUUGUGGAGGCAUUACGGGACACAAAUCGAGUACAGGGCAUUGAUUUGGUGGAAUUGAAUCCUAGCUUGGGCAGCGAACAUGAUGUACAGACGACCAUCGCAUCGAGUUUGGAGAUUUUGAAAAGCAUUUGCGGUUACAAACGCAGCGGAAGUUUUGUCAAUAUAAAGACGGAUUUAUUUGAAACGUUGAAAAAUUAAUACAUAAUGUACAUAGACUGCCGGUCAAAACGGGAUGAAUGAUUUUUUUUAAAUAUCUAUAGGGGUUUUUAACCUAAUUUUGUUUUUUAUUUUAUUUUUUAUAACAAUAGUGUUCAUGCAUUAACCAAAACUAUAUAUUGGGGCCCCCAUUGAUUUUUUUUUUUGAAAUUUCAAGACUCUACCCCCUAAUUUCCCUCCUUUUUAUGAGAAACAUUAUUGCCU